GCAGCGAUGGCGCGCACGAAGCAGACGGCGCGGAAGUCGACGGGCGGCAAGGCGCCCCGCAAGCAGCUGGCCACCAAGGCUGCCCGCAAGAGCGCGCCGGCCACGGGCGGCGUCAAGAAGCCGCACCGCUACCGGCCCGGCACGGUGGCGCUGCGCGAGAUCCGGCGCUACCAGAAGUCCACGGAGCUGCUGAUCCGCAAGCUGCCCUUCCAGCGCCUGGUGCGCGAGAUCGCGCAGGACUUCAAGACCGACCUGCGCUUCCAGAGCUCGGCCGUCAUGGCGCUGCAGGAGGCCAGCGAGGCCUACCUGGUGGGGCUCUUCGAGGACACCAACCUGUGUGCCAUCCACGCCAAGCGCGUCACCAUCAUGCCCAAGGACAUCCAGCUGGCCCGCCGCAUCCGCGGCGAGCGCGCCUGAGUCUCCUGCUGUAGUUCACGCAGACCCAAAGGCUCUUUUAAGAGCCACUA